AUGACUAAUACGGUGAUACUCAACGAUGUGGUUGUUUCGCGCUGGUUUUCUGCCGAGGCCGAGGUGACUUAUUGCGUUGCCCCGGAACCCUGGCUGAACAUCAGCCCUAAGGCCCGCCCGUCUGUGGUAGUCUAUUGGCUCUUUGAGUCGCGCGUGAAACGCUACGCGCCGUACGCUCGGGUCCGUUUCUGGUCGGGCGGCGAGCUACCCUUACUCGCCGUCCACGGACCCGGCGCUUACGGUGGCCGAAGAUCAUCUCUCGAUCUCCAACGCCCACCUCGACUAAGCCCGGACGCGAGAGAUCGCCGCUGCCGAUCACAGGGCACACCGCCACCGCCAGCUCUACUGUGGCCUCUGGGCGGUCCUCACAAUAACGUCCCAAAACAGGAAUCUACCGAAGCUGCCGUGUCCGGAAGACGGAAGGGCCAGGAGAAAGAACCUCCCACAAUUCCAAAAACUCAUAAUCCUAAAUCCCCAAAAGGUCGGCAACGCACUCGUAACUCGUCGCCAUGGGAGGCGCAUUCGGUCAAUGAAGCUAUUUGCUCUUUCCAAAUGGACAAACUUAGUAUCAGCAUUGCACCCGUGUAA